AUGGUUCACAAUAAGGUUUGCUUUGCGCCUUUGAACAGUGUCGGUCAAGAGACCUUCGCUCCUAGCACUACCGAGCUCUUCGUUGUCAAGAGUCCCAUCAUCCAGCCCACCAUCGGCGAAGACAAAGUCCCCCAAGGCUUUAUUCUCACCUACGUCACCCACGGCAGCUGGUUCCAAGGCACCCACUUCUCCAACUCGCAGUUGUACAUCUACAUCUGCAAGAACAUUGCCAGCCUUAGCCCCGCUUCGUCCACCAUCGUCCGAGCAAUCGCCUUCAUCCUUGACAAGGGAUAUGGCUCACCCUCCUUCCAGUCCCCCCGGCCGACCGAGAAUAACAACUACGACGGCUUUGUUCAGGUCAACUUUGACGAUGUUUGGUCUUUCAGUCUCGCCAAGCUGGCUGCCAGACAUGCUGAGGGGGAGUGGAAGAAGACGAAGUCGGGUCGUGAGACGAUGACUCCGGGUCAGAAGACAUACGUCGAUGUGUCUGGGGGGACGCGCUGUUCUGCGUCGACCGAUUUCGUCCAACAGUCAUUUGCUAUCUAG